AUGGCAAGCACGCACUCGGCAAGCGGCAAUGCGCACAAGGCCGACCAGGGCAUCCUCGUCGUCCGAUUCGAGCUGCCGUACAACAUCUGGUGCGGUACCUGCAACGCGCACAUCGGCCAGGGCGUGCGGUACAACGCCGAGAAGAGCAAAGUCGGCAUGUACCACUCGACGCCCAUCUUGGCGUUUCGCUUCAAGUGCCACCUGUGCCAGGGCAGGAUCGAGAUCCGCACCGAUCCGCAGAACACGCGCUACGUCGUCACCGAGGGCGCAAAGCAGAAGAACGAGGAGUGGGACCCUGAGGAGAACGGGCACCUCGUCAUCGACAACGCGGCCUCGACCUCGACCGCUCCUCCCGACCCGUUCGCCUCGCUCGAAAAGACCGUCACACAGCGCGCCGCCGCCCUCACCGCCGCCGAACGCCUGCACGCCCUCGAGGAGCACAACUCGGCCCGGUGGUCCGACCCGUUCGCGGCAUCGCGCGCGCUGCGCGCCUCGUUCCGCGACAAGAAGGCGCGCAUCGUGCGCAGCGAGAAGAAGGCCGAGGACGUGCGCGAGCGGUUCGGGCUCGCCGACGAGCGCGUCCACUCGACCUCGUCGCCUGCGCUCAAAGCGCUGCACUCGCGCCUCUCGCUCGCGACGGCGCUCAAGCGCGACCCGUUCGGCGGCGCAGCGGCGGCGGCCUCGUCGUCGCCUGCGCGAUCGGACGGUGCGGCAGGACGGUCGGGAGCAGGAGCGGCCGGGCUCGAGGGCGUCAAGGUGCGACGCCGGUCGUGA